AUGCGAUGGGAUAUCAGCCUCUUAUCACGCUUGCGAGUAGUUUUAAGAGGUCGAAUCUUCCAGGAAUUUGUAAUUUCUUCUUUGGGAUUAUGCGUCGAUGUUUUACUGGCCCGAUUACUGGUAUGGAUAAGUCAAAGCUUCAGUUCUUCUCAGUCAUGGCCGGACUAUAUUAUGGCAGGUAUUCUAGUUCCCACACAUGUCGAGGUUGCCCAAUUUCAUCAUAUGUUUAUUCCCAAAUCUAUAAUCGAUGAUCCACUUAUUUUUCCUAGUGUUGGUCAGAUUUAUGAUGCCAUGCUCAACUUGGUAUCACCCAUGAAUUCGAUAUUGGUGACUUACAAAGCUUCUUUGAACAAUACUUCUUAUGCUACAAUUCCUAUUACAUUGACUUUUAAAGAAGGAACUUCUACAAAUUUGCCAAUUUCCAAGAAGAAAUCUAAGUCAAAGCCUAAAGUUGUUAGGAAGGAGGCUUCUAUGAAAACUGUUUAUGAAAAGUAUCUUGAGAAAAUUUUCAAAGUUUUUGAGGUGGAUUCUACUCAAGACGAAAAGAAGAAGAGAAAAGUUAUUGUUGUUUUGAAACGAAUUAAAAAGAUUCGAGCUUUGGAUGAUGAAGAGCCAUCUACUAAUGCUCCCAAAUCAGUACAUAGUCCUAAUGUCACUGGGAACACAUCUAAUGUGGAUCCAAACAAUGAUUCUAUUGAACCUAUUAUAACUUCAAUCCCUGAGAAGACUAUAGUCAUACAACACGAAUUUCACAUUUCCGAGUCCUUUAUGGAGGAGGGUAUAUCUUCAAACAUCAUUGGGAACCUAAAUAAUGUGGACUCAAAUAUUAACAUGGUUGAAGGGAUUUCAACAUCAGCUCUCGAUACUUCAUCUAUUCCGCCACCAUCAGUAACUUCUAUGAUUGUUUCUACUUCAGUUCCUGUGGUGUCACCUACGUUUCAAGGAGUCAUGAACUAG